AUGGCUCCUUCAGUGGCUGGGCUCUUUCGAGUUAUCAAUCACGACUACGCUAUCUGGAUCAUCGCCGGGGUUUUGAUCCUCUUUGGGCUCUAUAAGUGGUCAACAGCUACCGACAUCCCAAAGAUCAAGGGGAUCCCCGAGAUCCCUGGUGCCCUGCCGAUACUUGGACAUCUCCAGCAAUUGGGGCCUGACCAUGCCACGGUUUGCGAAGGAUGGUGGCGCAAGUAUCGACAAUCCGUGUUUCAAAUCCGCCUAGGCAAUACUAGAGCCGUUGUUGUAAAUUCUUUCGAAGACGCCCGGCAGAUGCUCGUUGGCCAUCAAACCGCCGUUAUCGACCGACCAACAUUAUACACAUUCCAUGGCGUCAUUUCCACCACCCAAGGAUUCACGAUUGGGUCCAGCCCUUGGGACGCAUCGUGCAAGAACAAGCGAAAGGCUGCGGGCCAGGCUCUUGGCCGCCCUGCGAUGAGGGGAUACUUCGACAUGUUUGACUUGGAGUCAUACUGCAUUGUACGUGAUCUCUUCCGCGACAGCAAGAACGGCAAGCUUGAGAUUGGCGUGCGACCAUACAUUCAACGAUAUGCCCUCAAUACCACCUUGACUCUCUGUUAUGGUAUCCGAAUGGACAACGUCUACGACGACAUGCUGAGAGAAAUCUUGCACGUCGGAUCGGCCAUCUCACUCCUCCGUUCAGCCUCGGAAAACUAUCAAGACUACGUCCCAAUCAUGCGUUAUUUCCCCAAUAACGAAAAGAUCCGUCGUUCAAAGGAGCUACGUGAUCGCCGUGACCGCUACCUGAACUUUCUCCUCAACAAGGUCCGGGACAUGAUCAAGAAAGGCACCGACAAGCCUUGUAUCAGCGCCGCCAUCCUGAAGGACGAAGAGACAAAACUGACUGGGGUCGAAGUCUCAUCGAUUUGUCUCUCUCUGGUCUCCGGAGGCUUCGAAACAAUCCCGGGCACCCUGACUUCAUGUAUUGGCUCUCUUUCCACCAAGGAAGGUCAGAUCUUCCAAGACCGCGCUUAUGAGGAUAUCAUGCGAUACUACCCGGACCCAGCAACUGUUUGGUCCAACAGCUUUCAGGAGGAGAAGGUUCCCUAUGUCAAUGCAAUUAUCAAGGAAGCUGCACGGUACUACACUGUCAGCGCCAUGUCCCUGCCCCGGAAGACGGUGACCGAGAUAGAGUGGAAUGGGGCCAAAAUCCCAGCCAAGACCAUGAUUCUCAUCAACGCCCAAGCCGCCAACCACGAUGUCGAUCACUUCGGUCCUGACGCUGCGGUAUUUAAUCCAGAGAGAUGGUUGAACGACGACUUCGUGACGCGGCCAUCGACAACGGUGCCUGAAGAGAAGCCCAGCCAAGGCAUCCAGCAUUUCUCUUUUGGCGCAGGAUCCAGGGCCUGCUCCGGUCAAUUCAUAGCCAGCCGACUCUUGUACACUGCGCUGAUCAGGCUCCUGGUGUGCUACAAGAUUGUGGCCAGUGAGACCGAGCCUCCAAACACGGAUUAUGUGGACUACAACCAGUUCAAGUCGGCGCUGGUGGCCAUUCCGAGAGAUUUCAAGGUCAAGCUGGUUCCCAGAUACGACGAGAGCGUGAUCCAAGAGGUCAUGGCGGCAGCGGCGCAACGAACAAAGGACUACUACAGUGAGGAAAGCUGAGGACACAUUUCACACGCCGUCCUCUUUUGUCUCUACCCUGGCCUUGGAGCGAGGCACGGGGCUCCGGCCAG